AUUGUCGAUCGUUAAGAGGUGAUCGAUUUCGAUUAUCGAUUUCAUAAUCGAUUGUCGCUAUUAGGUUAGGAACGAAUUACGCGAAUAAAACAUGUACGAAUUAAUUAAUACCAUUCGCUAGAAAAUUUAAAAAUGGCAGCCGAUGCAAAUAACAACUUGGAGAAGAUAAUAUACGAAUAUCCUGGAAAAGCAAAGUCAGAUGUUUGGAAGUUUUUUUGGAUUUUAUAAGAAAAAAGAUGGUCCGCCCAUUAAAGAAAAUCUCGACAUGUCGUUUGCUGUAUGCAAAGUGUGCAGGAAGACUUACGCCAACAAAGGUAAUACUACAAACUUCAAAAAUCACAUUGAUAGCGAACAUGGUGGUAGUUUGCCCAAAAAUAUGCCAACCAAGCAACAUCAGCCAUCCAUUGACACAUUUGUGAAUUCUAAUACACAGAAAGGAAAACUGAAUGUUGACAGACAACAUAAAAUUGAUGAUUCCCUCAACAAACUUAUAGUUGGAAAGGUCAUACCAAUUAGCAUUGUAGAGAAUGUGUACUUUAGAGACUUUGUUGCCCUUCUGGAACCGAGGUACAAAAUACCAUCAAGAUUUACAGUGAUAUAUAGAUUAGAAAAAAAAGAAGGAAGAAAUUGGAGCAAAAUUAAAUAAUGAUUUAGAAUCGGUCAAAGACAUUUCCAUCACACAUGAACACGGAGUCGUAUUUUACCACAACAAUACACUACAUCGACAGGUCAUUGGAACUGUAGAGUGCUGUGUUAGGUACUGUGAAAAUGGAAUUAAGUCAUACUUCAGAAAACAUAGCAAACAAUCUGCAAAAAACACAACUACAAUGGAAACUUCCACAGCCAAUUGCUACAAGUGACAAUGCAGCAAAUGAAGUAAAAGCAUAUGAAAUUCUAGGCUGGAGCAGGUUCGGGUGUUAUGGGCACCGUAUUAACUUAAUUGUGAAGCACUCGCUCUUGGUGAAGGAAGUUGAUAGAAUCUUGGGGAAGUCGCGCAAGUUGGUAACCUUUUUUCACAAAUCAAGCAGUGUCACAGAAAUGCUUCUUUCAAAGCAGAAACUAUUACUGAAUCAGGAGCAAGUUGGGCAUAAAUUCAUUAUUGAUGUCGCAACUCGAUGGAAUUCUACUUUGUAUAUGCUCCAACGCCUUGUGGAACAGACACCAGUUCUCAUGGCACUUGCAAAUGAUCCAGAUCUCUCAAAAACAGCAUCCAACACGUUGAAGAAUUGUGUGUUCAGUUUUCAAGAACUAAGCAUUGUUGAAAAACUUGUUGAACUUCUUUCACCAUUUGAGAAAGCCACAACUAUUCUGUGUGCUGACAAGUACCCAACCAUGCAUAAAGUACUGCCAGUUAUAACCAAAUUGUUACGGAUCGUAGAGUUAAAUGAUGAAGACCUGCCAGUCAUAAAACAUAUAAAACAGCAAAUGCAACUGGAAAUGGACAAGAGGGCUGUUUCAGAGGACAUUUCAGUUAUCGUAUGCAUGAUGAAUCCAUUCACGAAAGAUUUGAAUUUUGCACCAAACGAUAGGGAUCGGGCUCGAAUGUUAUUGAGAGAGAUGGUGUCAGUUCUUGAUGUGAAUCCAGUCCAGGUGAAACAAGAGAAAGUUGAUGACAAAAUUGUUCCUGCACUACCCUCUCUACCCUCAAUGAAUUCUCAGCCUGAAGAACAAGUAUCCCCUGAUGGAGGAAGUGAGCCAGACACUCAGCCACCGAAGACAAAAAAACUAAAAUCUGCAGAUACUGACGAUUGGCUAGAUGAUAUUGUAAUUACAGGAGAAACGAAGGAACCCACAGAGAAUACUGCAUAUUUGGAAGUUGAGCGUUUUUUUGGAAGCAAACUUAUUGAUGAAGAUCAAAACCUUACUGUUUUAGAGUGGUGGAAGAAGAAUGAAAUCUUCUUCCCCAGAAUAGCUCUAAUCGCCAAAAUAUAUCUGUGUGUUCCUGCUUCCUCUGUGUCUAGUGAGAGGGUAUUCAGUCUUGCAGGUGAAAUUGUAAACAAGAAACGAAACAGGCUGCAUCAUAGUCAUGUGGACUUGUUGAUAUUUUUGAACAAAAAUUUGAAAUAUUGGUAGUUGCAUGUAACAAAUGCAAUGAUAAUGGAGUUAGUUAACACUAAAAUAUGUGUUUGGUCACAGACUGUGUAGUCUUUGAGUUUGAACAUGGAGACUUUAUUUUUCUUCCAGGAAAGUACACAACAAAUCUGUUUAAUGAAGACUUUUAUUGUCAUUUAUUGACAUGUUUCUAUUAUAGUUGCAAGUAGCAACUUUACAGACCCAUCUGCAUUCUGUAGUUUUGUUUACAUGUUAAAAUAAAAGAUGGAAACCGUU